AGAGUCUUAGUCAGGAACUUUCUGAAAGAAGUCAACAUGUCUGCUCAGGAGGAGUUUGACUGCAUCGUGAUCGGAGCAGGAGUUCAGGGAUCUUUCACAGCCUAUCAGCUGGCUCAAAGGAAGAGGCGGACUCUGCUGCUGGAGCAGUUUGUUCUGCCUCACACCCGCGGGAGCUCCCAUGGCCAGACUCGCAUCAUCCGCAAGGCUUACGAGCAUGACUUCUACACCCAGAUGAUGGAGGAGUGCUACGAGCUGUGGGCCCAGCUAGAGAGGGAGGCAGGUGUUAAGCUGUACAGACAAACAGGACUUCUGAUUAUGGGACCCGAGAAGAGUACUAAUUUCCAGAUGUUUAGGAAUACUCUGGUUAAUAACAAGGUUCCCAUGGUAACACUGACCAGUGACAACUUCAGCCAGCACAUCCCAAACGUGGUCCUGGCAGCAGGAGAUGGAGCGGUGGUGGAUGUAUCUGCUGGGGUCCUGUAUGCUGAUCGAGCCCUCAAGACCGUUCAGGAGCAGUUUCAGAAGUUAGGUGGGAUCCUACAGGACAAUGAGAAGGUGACUGACAUCAAACCGGGCCCCAUCGUCACCGUGACAACCUCUUCUCGUGUUUUCCGGGCUAAGAGUGUGGUGAUCACUGCUGGACCCUGGGCUAACAAGCUACUGGUCCACACGGGCCUCAACUUACCACUAGAGGUGGUGAAGAUCAAUGUAUGCUACUGGAGAGAGAAGGUUCCAGGGUCCUACGACGUGAAGCGGCGCUUCCCCUGCUUCAUACUGACUGAAGGUGAGGAGUCCAAAGAGCACAUCUACGGCCUCCCAUCCAACGAGUACCCAGGGAUGAUGAAGAUUUGCUACAGCAUCGGCAGCAGGACUGAUCCGGACUUCAGAGACCAGCAGACCAACCGGUCCGACAUAGACAUCCUCCAACGAUACAUCAGCCGAUGUUUUCCCGGACUGUUUCCUGAACCUGCUGUGGUGGAGAGCUGCAUGUACACAAUGACGCCUGACUCUCACUUCAUUCUGGACCACCACCCAACCUACAGGAAUAUCAUCAUCGGGGCCGGAUUCUCAGGUCACGGUUUCAAGUUCGGGCCUAUCAUCGGGAAGCUUCUUUGUGAACUCAGCCAGGGUGACGCGCCUUCUUAUGACCUUUCACCUUUCCAGAUCAGUCGUUUCCUGGACAAGCCCAAACCAGCAUUAUAGGGCUGAGCCGUGUUAAACAG